AUGAUCCAAUAUCCAUUGGGCAUGCUGUUGCUUACAACCAUGGCAACCCAGAAGGUUCAGAUAGCUGAGUUCACAAUUUUGACGGAGAGAGAUAAUAUAUUUUGCGACGAUGAUGAUCUGGUCAUCUACGGGCGACAAUUCAUGCUGUUCUUUGAUGCAUGUCCAAAUGCAUUUGGUGGUCUCACACGCCUUAACCUAGAGAAUCUGAGAUUUGGUGAAUCAGACAUCCCUAACGUCCUCAACACUUGCAAACGUUUGAAUCAUCUACGACUGUUCCAUUGUGACUCAGGAAGUUGGACCGUGCUGCAAGUUGAGCACACGCAACUCAGUGAGCUCGCUAUUGUUAAUUGUUCGUUUGAAAGAGUUGAGCUCAACUCACUUCCGAAACUCACACGCAUCGUCUUUGAGGGUUGGAUCUCUUUUGAAGAUCCACUAUCUUUUGGUUAUGUCCCGUUGCUUGAUACUGUAAGCCUCACAAAUGUCAGUCUUAGUUGGCACAAGAUGAUCAAGUUAAGCAAGUUUCUUAGGCGUACUCCAUCUGUGAGACGCUUGAAGCUGGGAUUUAAUUCUGAAAAGAUUUGGGUUCAACCAGAAUGUCUGACGGAAAGGCUGGCAUAUGUGUUCCACCAAUUAAGGUUUGUGAAUCUAAGUAAUAUGCCUGAGGGGUAUGAUCUCACCUGGACAUUGUUCAUACUUAAAGCCGCGCCGAACCUGAAGGAGCUGUACAUGAGUGUAUGGGAUCAUCUGUGUGAAAUGAAAACAGAUGCAAAGGAGAGGAAGUCACUCUCGUACAGUGAGAAUAAGGGUGCAGAAUGGGAACCAUCUGCAACUGCUUUCCAUCAUCAGAGUCUGGUCACGCUCGCCAUCUUCGGGUUCCGAGCUCGAGACUACAUGAUGAACUAUGUCAGGCGUGUCGUGGAAACAGCCGUCAAUCUAAAGGACGUGUUCUUGUAUGAUCGGUUGACGUGUGACAAGUGCCGCAGCAUCCCGUCGCGGUUUCCGCCUAAGUGGAAGCAGGACUGUGUGGAGAAGUUUAUCACAAAUGGGAUCAAGUCGUCUGCCAUAAUGCAAUUCCAGACCAUCGGCUAUUUAAGGCCUGAUCAUGUUGAUAAGCUGUGGUUCCUGUAG